CCCUUUUUGGCCAUGAUUUUCUUUCAAUCAACUAUUAUUUUGUAAUAUAUUGAAAGAAGAAUCAAGUGGUCGAUAGUGGUUGUGAUCAAGUAAUGUCCCUUCUAUUAUGAGGUUGACGAUUUGAAUUUUAUCUAUUUUGUACUCGUUUUUAAGAAUAACUCCUUGUUACCUUAACAAAAACUUGGAGGGAGUACUUCGUUUGGUAAAUAUUUUUAAACAUUGCACAUUAUUUGCAUCUAAAACCUAAUUUGAACAUUAUACAAAUCCGGAGUUGCACGUGUAUAUAAAUUUAUAAAAUGUCAUUAUCAUUAUUAAGAUAACUGGAAAAUUGUGUGGAGGAGCUACAUACCUUAUCUAAAGGGGUUUUCGAGGAUCAUUGCUAUCAAUGUAGAGUCCUUACUUACUCAAAUUUGUCUCCUCUUCAAAAUUUUAUCCUCUAGAAUUGCAACUCCAAAUGAAAACUUUUAUGUAGUUUUAAUUAUAACUUAAACCUUUUUGGGCUACAUGGAGCUUUUAUGAAGAGAUAAUUUUGUUUUUUUUAAGGAUAAAUAAACCUUUUCCAUAGAAACAAAAAUAACGCAAAAAAAUUGAAAAAAAAAAAAAGUAAGGCAUAUACAAUUGGCCUAAUGGGCAGCGAAUAAAAUAUAUUGAAUAUUCUGAAAGUUUACAGUUGUUCCUGGGUUAUACUCAUGCACACAAAACAGAAGUAAUAGAAUCUACGAUUUUCAUUGUUACAUUAAAAUCAAUAAUAUAAUGCAACUUCCCUAACAUGGAUCAAUGUCUCUAUUUCUCUCUCUAAUCAAGCGGGAAGAAGCGGCCAUUCUUUAGGUAAAUUAAUAUUUUUAUGUGAUUCUCAAAUCUCAAGCAAACAUACACUAUAAAUAAACCAACUUUUUCUCUCAUUCACAUUCAUUAUUACUUGUUGGCAAAUCACUUAUAUUUGCCAUCCUGUCUUUUUUUUAAAAAAAAAUUUAUUUACCUUUUUUUCAAAGUCCUAUCAAUAUCCAAAUACUUUGUAUAACAAACCUUACAAAUCUAAGCAACACUACAAUGGUUGAAUCCUCGGAUUCUACACUCCCCUACUCCUACGCACCAUUGGCCCCUAGCCAUGACCAAUGUGACAUUGGUUCGGCUGAUGAUAAACAACGAAGGAGACGGUCCUUAAAGAUCGGGGUGCUCAUCUUUUCUGGCCUCAUGAUAUGUGCAUUGAUCGUCAGUUUUUUGGAUUACAAUAAUCAGUCCAUUGUCGUCGACAGUGAAGGUGUCAAGCCUGAUGAUUUAAAGUUGUCGAGGCCACCACCUGAGAAUUUGGCUGGUGUAGAAGUUGUGCCGGGGUCAGAGGAGUUGUUGUUUAAGGUUACGCGUGGUAAGCCUCAUGGUGUCUCGGAGAAGGCUAAUGGGUUUCCAUUGCGCGGCCUUAGGCUGCCUUUCUUUGAUUGGAAUGAUCUCCAGUUAGCUUGGCAGAAAACUUCUUUUCACUUUCAACCACAGAAGAAUUGGAUGAAUGAUCCAAACGGUCCAUUAUACUACAAUGGGUGGUACCACUUCUUCUACCAGUACAACCCUGAAGGUGCAGUCUGGGGUAACAUUGUUUGGGGCCACGCUGUGUCCAAGGACCUCAUACAGUGGAUCCACCUUCCUAUAGCCAUGGUGGCAGAUCGCUGGUAUGACUUCAACGGCGUGUGGACUGGUUCAGCCACCAUCCUACCUGAUGGUCAAAUCAUGAUGCUCUACACUGGAUCAACCAACGAGUCAGUUCAAGUCCAAAAUCUUGCCUAUCCCGCUAACUUGUCUGACCCACUUCUCCUGGAAUGGGUCAAGUACCCUGGUAACCCAGUUCUCGUUCCUCCUCCAGGAAUUGGCAAAUUGGAUUUCCGUGACCCUACAACUGCCUGGUUGACCUCAGAGGGAAAAUGGAGGAUCACAAUCGGGUCCAAGAUCAACAAAACAGGCAUUUCUCUUGUGUAUGAGACCACUGACUUUAAGAACUUUGAGCUCUUGGAUAACAUUCUCCAUGCUGUGCCAACCACUGGUAUGUGGGAGUGUGUUGACUUCUAUCCAGUCUCAUUGACUGAGACCAAUGGGCUUGAUACCUCCAUUAACGGUCCAUUAGUGAAACAUGUGCUCAAGGCAAGCAUGGAUGAUGAUAGGAAUGAUUAUUAUGCGUUGGGAACCUAUAGUGAGGCCAAUGGUACAUGGGUUCCUGAUAAUGGUGCCAUCGAUGUUGGCAUUGGACUAAGGUAUGACUAUGGAAGGUUUUAUGCUUCCAAGACAUUUUACGACCAAGAAAAGAAGAGAAGGAUUUUGUGGGGUUGGAUCACAGAAGGUGACAGUGAAGCAGCUGAUGUAAAGAAAGGAUGGGCAUCUCUCCAGGGAAUUCCAAGAACUGUUCUGUACGACCAGAAGACUAAAACCAAUUUAGUUCAAUGGCCUGUGGAGGAAUUAGAAACCCUUAGAUACAACAGCAAGGAUUUUGACAGGGUUGAAGUUACUGCAGGAUCUGUUGUGCAACUGGAUGUCAGCGCAGCUACAGAGAUGGAUAUUACUGCAGAAUUCGACAUUGAAAAAGAGGCAUUGGAAAGCUUACCUGUUACAGGAGAGAAGUAUAGCUGCCCUGCCAGCAAGGGAGCCGCUCAGAGGGGUGCUCUUGGUCCUUUCGGGUUAUUGGUUCUUGCUGAUAAUGAUCUCUCUGAAAUGACUCCCAUCUAUUUCUAUGUGGUCAAAACCUCUAGUGGCAACUUCAAAACUUUCUUCUGCACUGAUUUAUCAAGGUCAUCUAUAGCAACUGAUGUUUCCAAAGCCAUCUUAGGUAGCACAGUACCAGUACUCAAAGGCGAACAAUUAUCCAUGAGAAUUCUUGUGGAUCAUUCAAUAGUAGAAUCCUUUGCUCAAGGCGGUAGAACCUGCAUCACAUCCCGGGUUUACCCAACACACGCCAUAUACAAAGACGCAAAGCUAUAUGUAUUCAACAAUGCAACUGAGGCCAGUGUGACAGCAUCUGUCAAGACCUGGCAAAUAAGUUCUGCAUGAAACCAUUACAUAGAAGAAAAGAGAGACAGUCUGCAAUUCAUUUGAUGGAAGAGGAUAAGCAAUGGGAGUGGAGUGAAGUCGAGUUGAGUCAAUCACAAGCCAUGCCAUGCAAUGCCGUUCAUUCAUUCAUUUAUUCAUUAUACAGCAAUCAUCAUACACAUAUCUAUGUUUCUUGGUCACAAGAAAAUCACAAUUUUGGGGAGAAAAUAAAUAAACAUAUUCUCCAUAAUCAUAUCGUUGAGAUAUUGGUUAACUGGUGUGGUCGUUUGUCCCCCAUUAGUUUUGAUGGCUCCCCCCAUUACUCAAUCCCAAUCCCUUCAAUCAGCUCAUUAAAUUGACGUUCAUUCAUCCUUUAUUUAUUUCAUUGUUGGAGAAUUAGAGAUAGCGAAUUUUGUUUCUUUAUCAGUUUCCUAUUACAAAUACUUGAUAUUAAUAAAAACAAGAAGCUCAUUGUUCAUAAAUUAAAGCUCGUCUGAUGAUUUAACUU